AUGGGUAUUAUGAACGUGAUUUCGGGUGUUCCAGUUGAGCCUGUUGAUGCUGGACCAGUCAGAGUCACCACUCGUACUCUUGCAAAGCGCGCCUAUGGAGAUUUUGUUGUUACUGAAGGCCCAUAUUCUAGCAUUGGCGCGCCAGUGCGUGUCUCGGAUGAUGUCCAGUGCCCUGCCAUAGGGUCGUGUUCGGCACAACUGACCAAAGAAGCAAGCCAAAGCCGAACCCUCAGCGUUUCGGUCUCCGUCAGUGAUCCCUUCGGCAUAAUCUCAGCUUCAGUUGGCGUUGACUUCACAAAGGAGCGCAGUCGAUCUUUCACCAGCAAUUUCCCUCUUCAAGAAGGCAGCAGCGGAUAUGUCGUUUACACUCCAUACACUCAAUGUAUCAAGGGCCACUUCUCUGGUGGCUGCUCCGACGAUGGAGUCGAGACCGAGGCUUGCUACCCAGAAGCCAUGAAUGAUGGCAGCCUUUUA